CGCCCCGGGGCCUCCCUCCGUGGGCGGGGCCGCCGGCGCUGGGGCGAGGGAGGCACGGUGGGAGGAGGCGGAUCGUGGCACAUCGCAUCGUAUCGGGAUGGCGAACGAUCGCUCCCGCAGCCUGGGCAAGGGUAGCGCGCCGCCGGGGCCCGUGCCCGAGGGGCUGCUGCGGCUGUACGGCAUGAGGUUCUGCCCCUUCGCGCAGAGAACGCGCCUGGUUCUCCGCGCCAAGGGCAUCAGCCAUGAAGUAGUCAACAUCAAUCUGAAGAACAAACCUGACUGGUUCUUUGAGAAGAACCCCUCUGGGCUGGUCCCUGUUCUGGAGACCAGCAAGGGCCAACUGAUCUGGGAGUCCCCAAUCACUUGUGAAUAUUUGGAUGAGGCAUUUCCAGAGAAGAAGCUGAUGCCUUCAGACCCAUAUGAGCGAGCCCGUCAGAAGAUGAUGUUGGAAGACUUCUCAAAGAUAACACCCUUACUUUUCAAGCAUGUGUUGGCAGUCAAAGAUGGACAAGACACCACAGCACUGAAAGCAGAGAUUGCUGAAAAGUUUGGCAAAUUCGAAGAGAUUCUGUCCAAACGCAACACUGUGUUUUUUGGUGGGAACUCCAUCUCUAUGCUUGACUACAUGAUCUGGCCAUGGUUUGAACGCCUGGAAGCAUUCCAGCUGAAAGACACUUUGAAUCACGCACCAAAGCUCCAACGCUGGAUGGAGGCCAUGAAGGAGGACCCUGCUGUCAAGGCUAUAAUGACUGACACACAGACAUUCAAAAACUACCUCCAGCUGUAUUUGGUGAACAGCCCUGAGGCAUGUGAUUAUGGGCUCUGAGGUGCCAGUAGGCAUGAGCUUGCUAAAGUGUCAGUGCUGUUUUUCAGUACGGCGACUUAGUGUAAUUUGAUGUGGGCUCUUCUGUGGUUGCAUUUCAUGAUUGGGAAUAAAUCUGUGCUGAAAAGCUGAGAAA